AUUUCUUCAACAAACGCAAUCAAUCGAAUUCCCCCAAAUUUCAAACCCUAGAAUUUUCGUUUUCGUUCCCAAUCUCCCAACAAAAUUCUGAUGGCUCCCAAGGCAGAGAAGAAGCCCGCCGAGAAGAAACCAGCGGAAGAAAAGAAGGCCGUGGCCGAGAAAGCACCAGCGGAGAAGAAGCCAAAGGCCGGGAAGAAAUUGCCUAAAGAAGCAGGCGCUGCCGCCGGAGACAAGAAAAAGAAGAGAUCCAAGAAGAGCGUCGAGACCUACAAGAUUUACAUAUUCAAGGUGUUGAAACAGGUGCAUCCUGAUAUCGGAAUCUCAAGCAAAGCCAUGGGAAUCAUGAACAGUUUCAUCAACGAUAUAUUUGAGAAGCUCGCCCAGGAGAGUUCGAGGCUUGCAAGGUACAACAAGAAGCCGACAAUCACGUCAAGGGAAAUUCAAACCGCCGUGAGGCUUGUACUUCCCGGUGAAUUGGCCAAGCACGCCGUGUCGGAAGGCACAAAAGCGGUCACAAAAUUCACCAGCUCUUGAAUAGCUUUUCAUUGAAACAUGGCAGCGUUUGGGUUUCUCAACUUUUAUCAUCAUGCAUUAGCGAUCAAAUGUCGUUUUUCUUUUUGUCUUUAGGAGGAAUAUAAGUUUGUAAAUUUGGGUUAUCUUCAUCCGAUUUGUGUUUUUACAUUAUCUGUGUAAUGAAAUGCGAAUUUAAGAUAUCGCAACAUUCAAUCUAUAAUGGCAUAUCUUUUGUAAAGAA